GUGAAGUGUCAAAUGUAUAAAAUUUGUAAAGUGCAAAAGAACAAAAUUUUUAAAUAUAUAAUAGUGAAAAGGAUAAGAGAUGCCGCCACGAACGCAAGAGGAUCAAGAGAAUGCGCCAACCAGACAUGUUAUACCUUAUUAUAGAUGAAGAUGUGCUGCGAGCUUUCGUACUGAGGGUUUAUAUAUAUGCCAACAGUUUUUACGCUAGUCUCAGCCAUCAUACUAUUGACAUUUGCCGGCCUGGACGUGGAUCUGGACAAGGAGCUAAAGGUGCCGGCUUAUAUGUGGUUGAUACUGGGCUUUGCGCUCGGCUGCAUAUUGAAGUGUUUUCCAAAAGUGCGACUCUGCUUUCCGGCCAACUGGAUACUGGUCGUGUUGAUAUUGCUGCUGUAUGCCAUGGCCGCUGCCUAUUUUAUGUUUUACUACAAACUCUGGGAGGCCGCAGUGGGACUGGUGGUGACUGCUGUAGUUGUGGUGCUGCUUUGCGUAUGCGCUGCCAAGUGUCCAAGACGAAUACUGCCCAAUGGCAUCAUCGCUAUGGUUAUUCUGCUGCUGCUGGCUGUUGCCGCCUUGGUGCUUGGCAUUAUCUGGGUGGUGCUCAAAAAUACGCCGUGUGGUUUGAGUUUUCUGGCUCUGCUGCUACUGAUCUCGAUUAUCCUGCUGUUGUAUGAAGUGCAGUUCAUACAUGGCCGCUUUGCUUCUGUGCCGCUGCUCGAGGAUCCAAUCGUGGCCUUGGCCAUACACAUAGACUUCCUAAUAAUCUUUUUAUGCCUCUGCGGUCUUUACUAUUUUGGCAAAUAAAUGCUGCGUAGGUAACAAACAUUUGUUUU